AUGCCUUGCAUCGGACUGAGACUACGUCGAAUUGGUGGUACUUGUUUAGGAGUCGAGCUAUCAGGAGACGACAGGCUAGAAGUUGAAAAGGGACUUUGCGGAGAGGUUGUUACAGGAGAGGCUACUUUAGAAAGGAGAAGGUAA